UUCACCACAGAUGAAAAAGAUACCCCGAAUUCAAGAAAAAAGUAUAAAUCAGAAUGUGUGAGAAUCAAAAUAUGCCCUAACAAUUUAUACACUCUACACAUGGAACGUUUUAUGAAAGAUAACAAAUCCACACCUGAAAAGAAGGAUUUAACAUGCACCACGGCUAUUUAUGAAAAGGGAGUUAAUUUGUACGAAUUAGAUUUUGCAAAUACUACAGGAACCCCUUCAUGCAUAUUAUUAAACAAUUAUGGUACAGCAAGGAAGGGAGGAAAACUUUCCCAAGCAGAACAGCCUGUAGAUUCUCAGAACAAUAAAGAAAAUAAAAUUGAUCAACUUUUUGAUCAUAACAAAGGAGGUAUAAAAUUUAUUUAA